GAAAGGAAACUGAAAAUUUUCUGAUGCUCAAAAGCAAUUUAAAUUGAAGUACGGUAUUCCUUAUAGUUUGCUUACACAAGAGACUACUCUGAGACUACCUUUCUCCCUGGCCCUCAUAAACUGUUAAUUAUGUUACGCUUUAAAGCAUAAAAUGUUAUUAAGAUGAACUCUAGUCAAGUUGUUCAAAUUGUGGAUGAGCAAGUUAUGCUGGAAUUUGAUGAACCAAUUGUUGAAGCUAUAAAUGUUCUGACCAGCGAAACAUUGGAUGGAAAAAGCCAAAUGCCUCAUGAGUAUGGAGCUGUUCAAAGUUUUCAAGUUACCAGCAGCAGAGCAUGUAAUGAUGGACCUACUGCUGUUAAUUCACAUGAUGACAAUUAUUAUCAGCAGCCGGACAUUGCCAACUCAUCACAGGAUGACAGGAGCAAGAGUGCAAUGCAGACAAUCCUCCACAAAAAACAGGAAGAUAUGUGUGAGAUUAGGAUGGAUAAAGUACAGUUCAUUGAAGAUACCCAAAAUGAUGUUUUUCUGGAGUCCUGCAUUGAUUCUGUCUGGACUGAAGAGGUUUUACUCAAGUUUAUCUCUCUUCAUAGUGAUAAAUUCAGAUGGCAGGACUCCAGUAAUCAUCCUUUACUUUAUGAAGAACUUAAAAAUGAACUAGAAUUAGAUGAUUCCAUUAUGUGGCGCGAACUAGAACACAAAUGGAAGCAACUUAACCAAAUAUAUGCAAUACUAGCUGCUAAAACUGACAUCUCCAGCCUGGAAGCACGCAAGUCUGCUUUGUUUGUGCAAUUACAGGCAGCAGAAUCCUCUGAAAUUUCCUCAUGUAUUUCUGAAAAUAACUCUGUAAAUUCUGAAACAAAAAUGUGUUCAAUUGUCCGCCACAAAAGAAAGAGCCCAGAAUUUACUUGGUCUCUUGACAUCACCAGGCGCUUCAUUCAGAUGCGUACCAAUAAGCAUUCAGAAAUUCCUAUCAAAGGUCAUACUGCUGUGUACCAGGAAGUUCUGCGUGAUCUUGGUAUUGAUGACCGAGUAACUGUUAUGAUGGCUAGGAAGAAAUGGAACUACCUUGUCAAUAGGUACCAGGAUGAAUAUGCUGCGGGGGGUGAACGCUCAUGGGCACUCAUGAAUGACAUGGCUGUUGUUAUGAACACUUUUGCUGGCCUUGAUACAUCAAAGCUGAAAAGCCGGGCUUCUCCUGAGUUUCUGUGGCCCAAUGAACUGACAGAAAAAUUUAUUGAGCUUCGAGUGAGCAAAAAACAAGAUUUCUUAAAAUAUGGAGUGCAGCACACUUAUUCAGCAAUAUUGAAAGAGCUGGGCAUUGCUCGAAUAUUGACACCUACGCAUUUGAGGAAGAAAUGGAACUACCUUGUUGCCAAGCAUAAAGAAAUUAGUAGCUAUUGUACAGACGGCAGCCAUGGUUGGGCUUUCUACGACAGCAUGACCAAUGCACUUGAUGCUCUUGCUCAGUGUUGGGAACCUGAGAGAAUUCUUCACACAUCUCCUUCUCAUCAGCCUGAGCAAAUUUGGACUCGACCUGUUGUAAUUAAAUUCAUCCAAUUGAGGGCUGCCUAUUGUAAAGAAACAAAAAACUGCUCCGCCAUGUACAGCUCCAUCCUGUCUGAGUUGGGGUUGUCCUCAACCUUCAAGCCUCACCAAGCACGCAAGAAGUGGAACUAUUUAUGGAACAAGUAUCAGGAACUGAACGAGGUUGGCGUGAGUGGAUACCUGCGACAAGCCUGGCCCUACUUCACCGUCAUGAAGAGCAUUGCGCACCUCAUACCUGAAAGUAAAAACUCAGUUACCUACGAAACUCCACAAGACGAUCCCGGCAAAGAGGCUGUCAGUGAAGUGCAGCGCAGUGAGGUGAAGCCGACGCGCAUCUACCGCUGCUUUCUCUGCUCUGUCAACGGCACCAACGUCGCUGAUUACUUCUUCUUUGAGAACGACCAGCGACUUCUGCACACUCAGAACACUGUGCUGCAGUUGCUGGAGCAGUUAGUGGGGCACAAACUUAUAAAUUUCGAGUCGACUACGAUGCUAUGUUCCCGCUGCACGACCCUGGUGAACGAAGGUGACGCGGUGCUACAUCGACACGACAAGAUAAAGCAGGAGCUUCGGGGGCUGUACCAGACGAGUAGGAACAACGCGACGCGAGACGACUCCUGUAACAUCGUCAUGGGCAACGAUCCCUCCUCCCCGACCCUGGAAGUCGAAGCUGAUUCUGUUAUCUCGGUCGAGGAGGACGCGUCGGGCGACAUAGUGAUGAAGCAGGAGCCUCCAGAUGUCGCUUCAUCGCGCAUCUCCUACAGCAAACGCGGCCGUAAAAGAAAGGCCACCGUUUUUACGGAAGCUAUUCAGACGUGCAUGAAACUGGAACCAAACGAUGAUGCUUAUGAUCCAAACUCUGAUUUGAAUUACUGCUAUGACGACCAGUAUUUUGAGCCGAAGCCGAAAAAGAAAUUCAUCUCUGCCAGAAGUAAAGGAAGAGGCCGUGGUCGAAGAGGUAGAGGCAGGGGGAGAGACAGGCCUCUUGUUAGAUCAACAUUGAUAGGCCGAGGCCUCGAUGGCCAGUAUUCAAACUCAAACAAGCAAAAUACGUCAUCUUGCAGAGGACCUAAAAUUUUUAAUUGUUCCGAGUGUAGAGAGGAGUUCAAGAAAUACAGCGACCUCAUCUCUCACAGGAAAGAGAAGCAUACCGUGGUCGACAACACCCCUCUAGAGGUGGAGGAAACUGUGCUGGACACGGGGCUCAUAACUUACUUUAAUAAGGAUAAAGCUAAUAGUUUAGGGACGAGUCAUCCUUGCAAAGACUGUGAUAAAAUAUUCUUGCGCAAGGAUGAUUUAUCGUAUCACCACGAGCUCUAUCAUACUAAUGGCAAAGGUCGUUCCAAAUCUGCUUUCAAAGACAAGUCGUAUGUGUGUGAAGAGUGUGGCGAUACGUUCUUGUUCAAAUAUAGGCUUAAACUUCACAUUAAUAGCAAACACUUGAACGAUGCGGGAGAAGCCGCUAAUGACUUCACUUGCGGUGACUGUGGCACAAAGCUUGGCAGCUUACCUGGCCUGACGUUCCACAUGCGCAAGCAUCAUAACAAAGUCCUGAACUACAAGAAGAGUGCAGAGUUUCUGUGCAGCGACUGUGGCUUCAUGGCCACAUCCGCCAAGAAACUCAAGGAUCACCAAGAAGCUCAGUGUGGUUACGCUGCCAAAGAGCAAGUUCAGUGCGAGACCUGUGGCAAAACUGUCCUCAAAGUCUCUCUUAAAAUGCAUAAAAUAAAAAUGCACUCUGAUUUUAAAGAACAGUGUGAUCGAUGUGGGGAGAAAUAUGCCACGAAAACUGAUCUUCUGCGACAUGUUAAUGUUGUCCACUUGAACAUCCUACUGUACGCGUGUAAGCAAUGCAAUGAAAAGUUCCCUACUUCCGAUGCCUUGCGUUAUCAUCGGGUCAAGAUGCAUGAGAAGCCUGCAUUUUUCUGCCAUAUUUGCAAUAAAAGCUACAAGCGCGUGGGCGAGCUUAACACUCACGUGAAGCGCGUUCACAACGACCGUCGUAAAGCAGAAGUGUGCAGCUAUUGCGGCAAGGAAUACUACGACAGGAGCGGCCUGCGUAACCAUCUUGUGAGCAAGCACAGCGUUCCGCCCGAGUUCACAUACUCUGAUAACUACCUCCGUAAGAAGCGCUUCGAGGGUUUACCUUUGGCAAAAAUUUUCGAACGCCGAGACGGGAUGGAUGAAGUGAGCAAUAAUUUAUCAUUGGGUUGUCCACAGCAGGAGCUUCGUGUGUCUGAGGAGCAGCAAGGAUCCGACCAUGGAGAUUCUGACCUGCACAAGGAAGCGUUGAUCCAGGAGAGCCCUGUGGCUGUAGAGCGUUCCCUCGCUUCAUACUCUGACAUUAAUGGACAAGAAGAAGAAUCUUCUAUGGUCGUCACAGAAAUAACCGAGAACUCGGGUUCUGAACACCAGCAGAUCAUCCUAGACUCGCACGGUAAUAUUAUUCAUCAAGAUCUCCACCACCAACACCACCACCAUCAUCACCACUACCACCAUCACCAUCAGCACAAUCUGAUGCACUCUAACUCUUGUGAAGAUGAGUGUGCUGUCCACGUCGUCCAUCAAUUACCCAACAACCAGCAGGUGCCUCAUCAGUAUCACCACCAGCAGCCAGGCCUCAACCUCCAGCCUCAGCGCACCAUCAUCGGACUCGAUGUCAUGUAUCAGGUCGCCGAGGACCAGAAUGUCAAGACAGCUCAUGUUGGCCUCUAGUCUCGCGAGAUUCCUCCAUGGACUAAGUGCUCCUUAGGGUGAACUUGCAAAAUGUUUACAUUCAAUUCCUGUUUAUGAAUUAUGCCAAAUCAGAUUGUUCUAUUGGAUUUAAAUUCUGAAUCUCUAUCACCACGCAUUAAAAUCUUCUAUACAGAAUGAGACACCGGGCCAAGAUCUGUCUUCUGGCAGGAUACAGGCUGGAACGAUAUAUCUACUGUACUUUGAUUAAGUAGGAAACUAUCUUGUUGAAUCUUUUUUUUUUCUUUGAUGAUAAUGUCAGACAUCCUCACGCUUUCCUGUUUCUUCAAAAAUAUUCGUACGCGAUUUUCUGCUCUAUAACUAUCAAUAGUCAAUACUCAAAUCUCGGUAGUGAAUAUAAAAUUUGAAAAAUUGUGUUACCCAACAUAAUUUUCAAUGCAAGAACAUAACUGUAGCGUCUCAUGCUAGGAGUGCCUGGGUGCGUGUCACCGCUGGUGUCACUUGAGCCAUUCGUCAGUUGUAAUUUUGUGUCCAUUAUCUGUAAAAAUUGUAAUUAUCGCGUACGCAGCCGAGCCGAACUUUCGACUCUUUAUUAUCUAAGUUAAGAAAUUACGCACAGUUUCUGUUAAAUCUACCUCGACACCUUUGUAAAUUUACAACUGCAAUUUAUGCCUUAAUGCUAAUUUUGCAAAAGCUUUGUUUUUUUCAUGAGUUGCUAUUACUAUAUUUCUUGAACUUUUACGAGCUAUAAUCGAAAAUUUUCAUUUCUCCAGUUAAAUUGAACUAAUUAUAAAGAUGAAGAAACACUUCUGCGUGAAGUUGAAAUGGCAAUUAUCUAGCAUUAAGUAACGAUCAAGUUCACUUCUUGCAUCAAUCAACAACCAGUAUAAUUAUAUUUUAUAAUAUCUACUUCAUCGUCAGUCACUUCCCGUAUGGCGAGAGGUGAAGUAAUGCAGAAGAGGCCUAGACUGGGACGCCGCCUGUUGAGGUGUCGAGCGUGGCCGUAUUUUGAAACUUCGGUCGGGAUUGUUGAAAUAUCCUUCUUAAUUCGAGGCGAGCCAUGGUUUUAUUCCAACAUUCCGGAAGGAAAUUACGAAUAACUGCGUACCACAUGGUUUCCUAUAGGCAGUGUUAUGUACUGAUGGUCACGUAGACUCGGUUAUUGCAUCGCAAUUCAGUAAUAUAGCAAUAGCGGUUUCA